GGGGAGACGCGUCCCCAACGGCUCCCGCGGCGGUUCGAAUUCGGGAGCUAGGUGAUGUUGAAAAGGAGGAUGGGGACCUGAUUCAUUUUUGUCUAGGAGUCUUCUUAAAAAGCAGAAGCAAAUUUGUGGAAGCAAAGGGGAAAGAGGAUAGAACCAGUUUGCCUAUUAAGAUUAGUAUAGCAUCUCAUUUAAUUUCCUGCCACAGUUUCUUUGAAGAAGAAAUGGAAUCUAAUUCAUCAGACUACUAUAAUAAAGACAAUGAAGAAGAAAGUUUGCUUGCAAAUGUUGCUUCUAUAAGACAUGAACUGAAGAUAACAGAAUGGAGUUUGCAGAAUUUAGGGGAAGAGCUGUCCAGUGUUAGUACAAGUGAAAAUUCCGAUUAUGCCUGUAAUCCCUCAAGGUUUGAAAGGCUCGUUUUGGAAGAUCUUGCUCAGCCUCGCCACCCUGGACUAUUGAAUUACUCACCUUAUAAAAAAGUUUGUAAACUGUCUGGUGGCAAUACCGAUUCUCAUCAAAAGCCAAGAGAUAAGGUGUCUUUUGCAUUUUCUACCCCUAUGGACCAGGAAAUCAAAAGCCUUCGAGAGAAACUUAAUAAACUUAGGCAACAGAAUGCUUGUUUGGUCUCACAGAAUCAUUCUUUAAUGACUAAAAUAGAAUCCAUCCACUUUGAAUUAACACAGUCAAAAGCAAAAGUUUCUAUACUUGAGUCUGCUCAACAACAGGCAGCCAAUGUCCCAAUCUUAGAAGAACAGAUUAUAAAUUUGGAAGCAGAAGUUUCAGCCCAGGAUAAAGUUUUGAGAGAGGCAGAAGAUAAAUUAGAGCAGAGCCAAAAAAUGGUGAUUGAAAAGGAACAGAGUUUGCAGAAGUCUCAAGAGGAAUGUAUAAAGUUGAAGGUGGACUUACUUGAACAAAGUAAACAAGGAAAGAGGGCUGAACGACAAAGGAAUGAAGCACUAUAUAAUGCUGAAGAGCUAAGUAAAGCUUUCCAACAAUAUAAAGAAAAAGUGGCUGAAAAACUGGAAAAGGUUCAAGCUGAAGAAGAAAUAUUAGAGAAAAAUCUAAUUAACUGUGAAAAAGAAAAUAAAAGACUACAGGAAAAGUGUGGCAUAUAUAGAAGUGAAGUUGAAAUUCUGAAAGAGAAAUUAAGGCAGUUAAAGGAAGAAAAUAUCAUUGGAAAAGAAAAAUUAAGAACUAUGGCAGUGAAAAGUUCAGAAGUCAUGGCACAACUAACUGAAUCCAGACAGAGUGUUCUGAAGCUGGAGAGUGAGUUAGUGGAUAAAGAAGAAAUACUUAGAGAAAAGUUUUCUAUAAUGAAUGAAAACAAAGAAUUAAAGCUCCGAAUUGCAACACAGAAUGAGCGACUGGACUUGUGUCAGCAAGAAAUCGAAAGUUCAAGGGUGGAACUGAGAAGUUUGGAAAAAAUUAUAUCCCAGUUGCCAUUAAAAAGAGCAAUGUUUGGUUUUAAAUCAUCUCUUUCUAAACACCAGAUGAGUAGUUUGUCAAACAAAGAAGACAGUUACAUUGGCUGCUGUGAGGCAAAUAAAAUGGUGAUCUCAGAAUUGAGGAUUAAGCUUGCAAUGAAAGAGGCAGAAAUUCAAAAGCUUCAAGCAAGCCUGACUGCUAACCAGUUAUCUCAGAGUCUUAUUUCUUGUAAUGACAGCCAAGAAAGUGGCAAAUUAAAUAAUUUAGAAACAGAACCUGUAAAACUAGGCAGUAAUCAAGUAGCAGAAAGUAUAAAAGAUCAAAACAAGCACUAUGAAAGAGAGAAGCAAAGACUUGCUGCUGGAAUAGAAGAACUACGUACUAAGCUGAUGCAGAUAGAAGCUGAGAAUUCUGAUUUGAAAGUUGACAUGGCCCACAGAACUAGUCAGUUUCAGCUGAUUCAAGAGGAGCUACUAGAGAAAGCUUCAAAUUCCAGCAAACUGGAAAGUGAAAUGACAAAGAAAUGUUCUCAACUUUUAACGCUAGAGAAACAGCUCGAAGAAAAAAUAGUUGCUUAUUCCUCUAUUGCUGCAAAAAAUGCAGAACUAGAACAGGAACUCAUGGAGAAGAAUGAAAAGAUAAGAAGUUUAGAAACCAAUAUCAAUACAGAGCAUGAGAAAAUUUGUUUAGCCUUUGAAAAAGCAAAGAAAAUUCAUCUUGAACAGCAUAAAGAAAUGGAAAAGCAGAUUGAAAGACUUGAAGCUCAGCUUGAGAAAAAAGACCAACAGUUUAAAGAACAAGAAAAGACUAUGUCCAUGUUGCAGCAAGAUAUCAUAUGUAAACAUCAUCAUCUUGAAUCGCUAGAUAGACUCUUGACGGAAAGCAAAGGGGAAAUGGAAAAGGAAAAUAUAAAAAAAGAUGAAGCUUUGAAAGCAUUACAAAACCAAGUAUCUGAAGAAACAAUCAAGGUCAGACAACUAGAUUCAGCAUUGGAAAUUUGUAAGGAAGAACUCACCUUGCAUUUGAAUCAAUUGGAAGGAAAUAAAGAAAAGUUUGAAAAACAGCUAAAGAAGAAAUCUGAAGAGGUAUAUUGUUUACAGAAGGAGCUAAAGAUAAAAAAUCACAGUCUUCAAGAGACCACUGAGCAAAAUGUUAUUCUCCAGCAUACUCUGCAGCAACAACAGCAGAUGUUACAACAAGAGACAAUUAGAAAUGGAGAGCUAGAAGACAUUCAAACUAAACUUGAAAAACAGGUAUCAAAACUGGAACAAGAGCUUCAAAAGCAGAGGGAAAGUUCAGCUGAAAAGUUAAGAAAAAUGGAGGAGAAAUGUGAAACAGCUACACAUGAAGCAGAUUUGAAAAGGCAAAAAAUUAUUGAGCUUACUGGUACUGCCAGACAAGUAAAACUUGAGAUGGAUCAGUACAAAGAAGAGCUGUCUCAGAUGGAAAAAGAAAUAAUGCAUCUAAAACGAGAAGGAGAAAAUAAAGCAAUGCAUCUUUCUCAAUUAGAUAUGAUCUUAGAACAGACAAAGACAGAACUAGAUAAGAAAACAAAUGCGGUGAAGGAGUUAGAAAAGUUACAGCACCAUACUGAAACUGAAUUAACAGAAGCCUUGCAGAAACGAGAAGCGCUAGAGACUGAACUGCAGAAUGCUCAUGGAGAAUUAAAAAGUACUUUAAGACAACUGCAAGAGUUGAGAGAUGUACUACAGAAGGCUCAAUUAUCACUAGAGGAAAAAUACACUACUAUAAAAGAUCUCACGGCUGAACUUAGAGAAUGCAAGAUGGAUAUUGAAGACAAAAAGCAAGAACUCCUUGAAAUGGAUCAGGCACUUAAGGAGAGAAAUUGGGAGCUAAAGCAAAGAGCAGCUCAGGUUACACAUUUGGAUAUGACUAUCCGUGAACAUAGAGGAGAAAUGGAACAAAAAAUAAUUAAAUUAGAGGGUACUCUGCAGAAAUCAGAAUUAGAACUUAAAGAAUGCAACAAACAGAUAGAAAGUUUGAAUGAAAAAUUACAAAAUGCCAAAGAACAGCUUCGAGAAAAAGAGUUUAUGAUUCUACAAAAUGAACAGGAGAUAAGUCAACUGAAAAAAGAAGCUGAAAGAACACAACAAAAGAUGAAAGAAAUGGAAAGCGUUAUGAAAGAGCAGGAACAGUACAUUGCAACUCAGUAUAAGGAGACUGUAGAUUUGGGGCAAGAUUUGAGGCUAACCCAGGAGCAGUUGCAGAACUCUCAUACAGAAAUGGCGGAGGCUCGUCGUCAACAAGUACAAGCACAGAGAGAAAUAGAAAGGCUCUCAAGUGAGCUGGAGGAAAUAAAACAGCUCUCUAAAGAGAAAGAAGUUCAUGGAAACCAUUUAGCUGAAGAACUGGGGGCUUCUCAAGUACGUGAAGCUCAAUUAGAAGCAAGGAUGCAAGCAGAAAUCAAGAAAUUGUCAACAGAAGUAGAAUCUCUCAAAGAAGCUUAUCAUCGUGAGAUGCUUUCACAUCAAGAGAACCAUGCAAAAUGGAAGAUGUCUGCUGACUCUCAGAAAAGUUCUGUUCAGCAAUUAAAUGAACAAUUAGAGAAGGCAAAACUGGAAUUAGAAGAUGCCCAGGACACUGUAAGCAAUUUGCAUCAACAAGUUCAAGACAGGAAUGAAGUGAUUGAAGCUGCAAAUGAAGCAUUACUUAUUAAAGAAUCGGAAUUAACCAGAUUACAAGCUAAAAUUUCUCGGUGUGAAAGGGCAGAAGACAUCAAGUUCCUAUCAGUCCCAACAGGAAUUAUGCCAGACAUUCAAGAUCCAAAGUGUGCUAAACAUUCUCACACACCUUUUUUCAAGUGUGAAAAACUACGUCGCUCUAUUAGUGCCAGUGACCUAAGUUUCAAGACUCAUGUUGAUGAAGAUCUUUCUGAAGAAUUACUACAAGACCUAAAGAAAAUGCAGUUAGAACAGUCUUCAACAUUAGAAGAAAGCCAGAAGGAUCUGACUUACAACCAGUUAGACUCAUUUGAUCCUCUUACAUAUAACCUAGAAGAUGAUAGUUCUGAGAGUAAUGACUUUAGCACUCUUAGUGGAAUGCUACGAUACAUAAACAAAGAAGUGAGAUUAUUAAAAAAGUCGUCUGCGCAAACAGGGACUGGUUUAACUCAGGGAGAAAAUUUGUAAUUAAAAGAAGAUGUUCAUGUGAUGAACAGUGGAAUUUGUGCUACUCACUAGAAUAGCUAAUAUUAAAAAACGUGACAACACCAAAUGAUGUGGAGCAACUGGAAUUACUUUUGAAAAUUAUUUGGCAGUUCCUCUUAAUAUUGUGCAUACAGCUACUCUGGAACUCAGCAAUACCACUUCCAGGUAUUUCCCUGGGAGAAAUGAAAAUGUAUGUCCUUCAAAAGACUUGGACAAGAAUGUUCGUAGUACCUUAUUUGUUUAUAGCCCAAAACUGGAAACAGCUCAAAUGUCCAUCAGUAGGAGAAUGGAUAAGUAACUGGAAAUAGAUAUAAAAUUAAGUUCUAUAAAAAGAAAUAUUGUUAUACACAAUAUCAUGCAUAAAUCUUAAAAACCAAUCUGUGAUAAUAGAAAUCAGAACAGUGGUUACCUCUGGGGGAGGCAGGAAGAACUGAGUGACGAGGGGCAGAAGGAAACUUUCUGGGGCAAUAGAAAUGUUCUGUAUCUUGAUCAAGUUGUUGGCUAUACAAGUGUAUACAGUGGUCAAAACUCAUCGAAUUAUAUGCUUACAAUAUCUGCAUUUUACUAUUCAUAAAUUCUGUCUCGAUUAAAAAAUUAGAAAUUUAAAAGUAAAUGAACUUUGAUGUCACACAGAUCUGGGUUUGAUCUACUUUUAUAAGCUUCUAUCACCUUAAAGUUUUUAAUAACUGAACUUCAGUCUCCUUAAAUGUAAAAUAGAAUAUCUACAGCAGAAGUUUAUGGUGAGGAUUAAAUAAGAUAAUGCAUGUGAAAUAAUAGUACACAAUACCUGAAUAGAGUAAGUACUCAUUAACGAUAGCUGUUAUCAUUGAGGCAGUAUAAUAAUGUAGUUAAAAGUGUGGGUACUGGGUCAGCAAGAUGGCAGAAUAGGCAGCUUCAAGCUCCCAUCCCCCCCACAGAAAGAUCGAAAAACAAGCAGAAACUGUCAGAACCAACUUUGUCAGACUAUGGAAACAAUCAAGGCUUGCGGCAAGAAAAUGAACUCUGAAUUAAGAAAAAGGCAACUUAAAAAUGGUAGGAAAGCUCUGUGACUUUUUUACUUAUGUCCCACUUUCUCCCCAGCUCAAUGGCAGUCUUGAGAAUAGCAGUCCACAGUACCAGUGUGAGACCCUGGUUCUGGAGGGACAGAGCAGACCUUAUUCACAAAUUAUUUUGUGUUUUAUAACCUGCCUGGGGUUAACUGAAGGACUGAUAGAAGACAUGCAUAACCUGUUUUGCAUAUCUCAGAACUCACUUACAGCAGGAAAGCAGUGGACAUUGCAUGAAACACCAUAAGGCAAACAAUCAACUUUUAGCCACUGGGAGCAAAAGAGUAGUGUUGAAACAUACAAUACACCACCUAAUGCCUGGGAGGAAAAGCCAGACAGAGAGUUUCUUUGGGACAUUAGAGCAUUCAAAAGUACCCAUGUAUAUGAGUAUGUAUACGUCAUACCCAGGGUGAGAUACAUGCCCACAGAAAACCUGAGGAAACCCUAAGUUUUCACCUUGGGCUGAUCCUUAGGCUCAGUGUAAGCUUGGCUAACUGUUGAAGGAGCGCCUUCACACAGAGCCAAUCUGCAAAAACCAGGAGAAGUGUUUUUGUUUUGUUUUAGCUCCUGAUGUUCAAGGAAAUCUCUUUCAAAACACUAGCUGAACACAAGCCAAAAGGAACAGAGAGUUUAUUGAGCACACAUGACAAAGAAUACAGACUGUGCACAUACACACAAAAAAAUUAGUUUGGAAAAAUCACUAAACCAAUGGGCAACUACAUCCUUCAGCAAUGAAAAAAGAGAGCAAACUCUGGGAAGGUGAAGAGUCUGAUUUCCAGAAUUAUCACAUUAUAAUAUUCAGAUGUCCAAAGCAUACAAAGAAACAAGAAAGCAUGGGGCGCCCAUUUAUCGGAAUACAAUAACGCAACAGAAAUCAUCCCUGAGAAAGCCUAGACACUGGACUUACUACAAGAGUUCUUUAAAACAACUGGUUUAAAUAUACUCAAAGAGAUAAAGGAAAACAUGGACAACAGGCUAAAGGAAAAUGAUAUAUGAACAAAAUGAGAAUAUCAAUAAAGAGAGAGAAAUUACAUAAAGAAACCAAAUAGAAAUUCUGUAGUUGAAAUGAGAAAUUUACUAGAGGAGUUCAGCAGCACAUUUGAGCAGGCAAAAUAAUCAGUGACUUGAAGAUGGAACAAUUGAAAUUAUCCAGCAUGUGGGGUAGAAAGAAAAAAGAAUGAAGAAAAGUGAACAGAGCCUAAGGAGCCUGUGGGACACCAUGAAGCAUACCAACAUAUACAUUAUGGGAAUCCCAGAAGGAAAGGGGCAGAAAGAAUAUUUGAAGAAUUAAUAACAAAACUUUCCAAAUUUGACAAACAAAAAAUAGGAAUCUGUAUUAUCCAAGAAGUUCAGCAAACUCCAAAUAGGUUAAAUUACUCAAAGAGAUCUAUAUUGAGACACAUUUGUAAUCAAACUGUCGAAACACAAAGAGAGAGUCUUGAAAGCAGCAAGAAAAAAUUGACUUAGCAUGUACAAGAAAUCUCAAUGAGAUUAACACCUGAUUUCUCAUCAGAAACAAGAGAGGCCAAAACGUAGUGGAUGGCAUAUUUAAAGUGCUGAAAGAAGAUGGAAAAAUGCUAAAUAACAAUAUAUAGAUGAGUGGUAACUUUGGUAAAGGGUAAGACAAUACACAAUACUGGGAAAGCCAGCACAACUUGUAGAAGGCAAGGUCAUGGAAGCUCCGUAGACAACAUCUAAACUCCCUGAGGGAGCAAACUGCUGGGCUGAGGGCUGUGGGACCAUGAUCCUGGGGAACAUCUAACUCAAUUGGUAUAACAGUUUGUAAAGAAAAUGUUCUCUGUUCUCCUUUGGCGAGUAGCAUCUGGAGUCUUAAAAGCCUGUGAGUGGCCAUCUAAGAUACUCCACUGGUCUCACCCCUUUGGGAACAAGGGAGAAUGAAGAAAACUAAAGAUAUAAGGGAAGGUUAGUCCAAAGGAUUAAUGGACCACAAGUACCACGGCCUCUACCAGACUGAGUCCAGUACAACUAGAUAGUACCUGGCUACCACCAGUGGCUGCUCUGACAGGUAGCACAAUAGUGGGGCCCACACAGAGCUGGAGAAAAAUGUAGAACAAAAUUCUAACUCAUAAAAAAAAACAGCAGACUUACUGGUCUGACAGAGACUGGAGAAACCCCGAGAGUAGGCCCCCAGACACCAUUUUGGCUCAGUAAUGAAGUCACUCCAAGGUUCACCCUUCAGCCAAAGAUUAGACAGGCCCAUAAAUCAAAAUAAGACUAAAGGGGCACACCAGUCCUGGGGCAAGGACUAGAAGGCAGGAGGGGACAGGAAAGCUGGUGACAGGGAACCCAAGGUCAAGAAGGGAGAGUGUUGACAUGUUGUGGGCUUGUUAACCAAUGUUUUAAAACAGUAUGUGUACUGUUUAAUGAGAAGCUAAGUUCUGUAAACCUUCAUCUAAAGUACAAUAAAAUAAAGUGCAGAAAGAAAAAAAAAUGUUAACCAAGAAUUAUGUAUCUGGCAAACUGCCCAGAUACAUAACACAUUCCCAGAUAAACUGCCCAGAUACAUAACACAUUCCCAGAUAAACAAAAGCUGAGGAAGUUUGUUAUCACUAGACCUGCACUACAGUAAAUGCUUAAGGGAGUCCUUCAGGUUGAAAUGAAAUGACACUAGACCAUAGUCAAGACAUAAAGAUCUGUGGAAAAGGUAACUACAUGUGCAAAUAUAAAAACCAGUUUCAUAUUUUUUGUUUGUAACUCCACUUUUUACUCCCCACAUGAUUUAAUAAACAUACAUAAAAGUAAAUAUAUGUUAUUGGACACACAAUGUAUAAAGAUGUAAUUUGUUACAAUACCAACAUAAAGGAGGAGAGUUUGGAGCAGUAUAGAAGCAGAGUUUCCACAUGCUAUUGAAGUUAAAAAAGUUAAGUGGGUAUUAAUUCAAACUAGAUUGUCAUAAAUUUAGGAUAAGUGUAAUCCCCAUAGUAAUCAUAAAGAAAAUAUCUAAAACAUAACAGAAUUAAUCAAGAAGUCAGUCAAAAUGGUUCACUGUAAAAAAAUAGACACAAAAGAAGGCAGUAAUGGAAAAAAUGAGGGACAAAAAAAGUAAGACGUGAAGAAAACAGGGACAAAAGUUCUUUAUCAGUACUUUAAAUGUAAUGAAUUAAACUCCAAUAAAAAGGCGACGGUUGGCUGGAUAGAUUUAAAAAAAAAAAAAAUCCAACCAACUAUAUACUGUCUACAGGAGGCUCACUUUAUAUGCAAAGACAGAAAUAGAUUGAAAGUGAAGGGAUUGGAAAAGACUCCAAAUACUAAUCAGAUUUGGUGUUUCUGUACUAAUUAAUACCAGAAAAAUAUACUUUAAGUAAAAAACUGUUCUGAGACAAAGGAGGACUUUAUAUAUUGAUAAGAGUCAGUUAAUCAAGAAGAUAAAACAAUUACAAGCAUGUGUGCACCUAACAACAGCCCCCAAAUACAUGAAGCAAACAUUGACAAAAUUGAAGGGAGAAAUAGACAGUUCUAUAAUAUUAUUUGGAAACUUCAGCAUAAUAACGGGUAGGAUAUCUAGACAGAAGAUAACUAAGGAAACAGACUUUAAACAGCACUAUUUUUUAUAAACCAACUAGACCUAGCAGAAGUAUAUAGAACACUCCACCCAACAACAAAAUACACUUUCU